AUGACUGGAAUCUUGCCUGUGAAGUUGACAGCACCGUUGGGGUUUGGAACCAUGUCCAUGACGUGGCGGCCUGAACCUCCGUGCUUGUCGGAGUCAGUGAAGACGCUGAGUCAUGUGGCUUCGAAGUAUACGAAUUUUUUUAACGGCGGUGAGUUCUACGGCGUAGAUAAUCUCAAUCUCAAGCUGCUGCGACAGUUUUUGGAAGACUGUUUGCGGAACCCUGUGAAGAGAGGACCCUUGAUUUUGAGUAUCAAGGGAGCUGUGGACUUCGCGGCACAAGGGCCCGACGGAUCGAAGGCGGGUAUUGACCGAAGUAUCGCCAACAUAGUAAGUCAUUUGAACGAUGUUCGUGACAAAUACCCCAAGGACCAACGGCCGCAACUCCUAUUCGAAAUGGCGAGAGUAGAUCCUCGUGUUCCCUACACUGAGUCUAUUGGCUACAUCUACGAGCACGUUAAGAACGGAGAUAUAGACGGCAUUUCACUUUCGGAAACAGGCGCCAAAACUAUAGAGGCGGCAGCAUCAGUAGCCCCCAUUUCGGCCGUAGAGGUGGAAUUUUCAUUGGUCGCUCAGGACAUUCGACACAAUGGUGUGCUCGAUACCUGCAAACGACUAGGCAUUCCCAUCGUCGCCUACUCGCCACUCGGCCGUGGACUACUUACCAAAUACUGCGUCGAGGACCCCCAAAGGUUCUUGGACGCAAUCCCAGAAGGAGACAUGCGCAAGGCUCAUAAACUCGAAAAGUUCCUUCCCGAAAAUUUCGCCCACAAUGCGAAAUGCCUGCAAGCACUUCAAGAAUACGCACAAAAGCACUACAAAGCUGACCUCGAACAGUUAGCCGUUGCCUACAUAGUCAAGAUUUCAGCACAAAAUUCUGCUAAUGGGGAGCCAACGAUCAUCCCUAUACCAUCGGGAUCCACCAUUGACAAGAUUGACCGGAACUUUAAAGCGACCCCACCUCUCACCGAUGAGGACAUCAACAAUAUUCACGAAUUGCUAGAUACGUACAAGAUCAUAGGCCUCAGAUACAAUGCCCAAAUGGAAGCUUUCUGUUUUCAAUAA